AUGGAUAACAACACUCCAUUGAUAGCUAGAAAUAGAAGAAAGGGUAUUAUAGAUGAAAAGAAGAAGAAAUUUCAAACUUCUAGGAGGGAUGGGGAGAAUGAAACAAUGCAAACCAGUCCGCUAAAUCAUAUCAGUCUAAACACAUGGUCACCUAGACGAGGAAGUUCCAGCGUAUUAAAAAACAAACGAAAAGCUGAUACAUGUAUCAAAGAUUUCAAGAUGCAAGGCACAAAGAAAAACUUAAAAUCGACUCAAUCAAUAAUAUUGGGUGAAAAUAAGGAAAAUCAGCAAGUUUCUGGGAGUAUGCUUUUUAAACCAUCAAUCACAACUUCUUCACCACCAUUGUUAACAACAGUUGGAUCAUUACAACUUUUGGCCCUGAAUAGACCACCUGUAAUGAGUAAUUCUAAAGAGACAACAUCUACUCUUAUGUCAAAUAGGCCACUUCAACUGCAAGAUAAACUACUAGCCUCUCGCGAUAGAGUAUUCAAUGCAAUUACACACGUAAGAAACACUAUCUCUGAAACAACCACCAUAGCAAACGGGAGCCUCCAGAAUGACAUGCCAAACACUCAUGAUUGUGACAAUAUAAAGGUUAACUCAUCAAACAAGAAAGUUGAUAGAAGAGUCGGUAGACCUCGGACCAAGAACUUAACCGAUGCAAGUUGUCCCGCAUUUCAAAAUGAAGAGUAUUGGCACAUGGAAAAUACAAGCCAUGAAUGCGAGUAUUGCCAUGCAUUGUUUUGGUAUGACGAAAGGAUACAAAAGCACUACAACACAAAUGAUCCAAAAUAUACAUUGUGCUGUAGGGGAGGUCAAGUUGAGAUUCCUCACCUACAAGAAGCCCCAAAAAUGUUGUAUGAUUUGUUGUUUGGUAAUGACACUAGAAGCAAACACUUUCAGAACAACAUUAGGACCUACAAUAGCAUGUUUCAAUUCACCUCACUAGGUGCUAAGAUUGACCGAAUGGUUGCAAAGGGUAAAGGUCCACGCACGUUCAUUCUAUAUGGGGAAAACUAUCAUUUAAUGGGAAGCCUCAUACCACAAGAAGGGGAUCACGCCAAAUUUGCACAGCUAUAUGUCUUUGACACGCACAAUGAGAUUGAAAAUCACAUUUCAGCAAUAAGCAGAGAAAACACUGAGAAAGUUCACAAAGACAUUGUUAGAGAUUUGAAGAUCAUGUUGGAUCAACACAAUGUGUUGGUAAAAGCAUUUCGUAUGGCUGGCCAAAAGAUUAACGGUGAUGCCACAUCAUCAGUGAAGCUUAGAUUGUUGGGAAAGCGGGGAAACGAUGGUAGAAGGUAUAACCUACCAUCAACAAACGAGGUGGCAGCAUUGAUUGUGGGUGACUUUGAUCUUGAAAAAACAGAUAGGGAUAUUGUUGUUGAGACUCGAAGUGGAAGACUUCAGAGAAUAAAUCAGCUUAAUCCUUCCUACUUAGGAUUGCAGUAUCCUUUGUUGUUUCCUUAUGGGGAGGACGGUUUCAAGGAGCAUAUACCUCUUAACAAAAGACGUACUAACUCGACCAAGGGCCACGAAGAUGUAACGAUGAAGGACUUUUUUGCAUUUAGGAUACAGGAAAGGUUAGCUGAUGGUUCUCCAUUGCUAUAUUCAAGAAGAUUAUUCCAACAAUUUCUGGUGGAUGGAUAUUCUAUGGUUAAGUCUGCUAGACUAACAUACAUUUGA